AAUGCUGUAUCGUCCUGAUAACCAUGAAAACACAGUGAGAACAUGAAUUCAAUGAUGUGGACGAAUUCACAAAUUAGAUAACAGAGUUUAACGUGGCGACAUGAAACGUCUGUCGUAUUUUGUGUUUCAGUGACAAUCGAAUGAACGAAGUGAAUUCAAAAAAUUUAUAUUAAUAGAUUAAAAAAAACACUAAGACAAUGGCAUUCAGACCUCUGAGACAGGAGUACCUGCAGAUGCCAGUGGUGACGAGGGCAUACACCACUGCAUGUGUCCUCACCACCCUUGCAGUGCAAUUAGAUCUCGUCUCACCUUUUCAACUUUAUUUCAAUCCCAUUUUGAUUGUUCAUCAGUACCAGUUCUGGAGAUUAAUUACGACGUUUUUGUACUUUGGAACGGUCGGUUUCAAUUUCUUUUUCAAUAUGAUAUUCACUUAUAGAUAUUGUAGAAUGCUGGAGGAGGGUCCAUUUAGGGGUAAAACGGCGGAUUUUGUAAUGAUGUUUAUAUUUGGUGGUGUCAGUAUGAUAAUUUUUGCAUUUUUUGUUAAUCUACUUUUCCUGGGGCACGCGUUUACCCUGAUGCUGGUGUACGUGUGGUCGAGGAGAACUCCAUUCGUCAGGAUGAAUUUUUUCGGGCUAUUGAAUUUCAACGCCCCGUUGUUGCCGUGGGUACUCCUGGGUUUCUCUGUACUCCUGGGGAACGCAGUAUGGGUCGACCUCAUAGGGAUGGCUGUCGGCCACAUGUAUUAUUUCGUCGAGGAUGUCUUUCCAAACCAAAGAGGGGGUUUCCGAAUUCUAAAAACCCCACAAAUACUAAAGAAACUUUUUGAUGAGCCGCCGGUGGAUUCAAAUUACGUGCCACUUCCGGAGGAUCGACCUGGGGGAUUCAACUGGGGUCAGGAUGGGGACAUCCAGUAAAAAACAUUCCUCAUGUGUUUUUUUUUUCACGGGUGAGGGUAAAAAAUUCAUCCUUCAGACAAUUAUCUGAUGUCUGGAUACCGGACUGUCGAGAAUAUUUUGACUGCACGAUAAACAUCGCACAUUAAAGUUUAAACAAAUGGAUUUUUUAAAUUUGUGCUUGUAAAUAAGAGAUAGAUGAAUCAUAUUAUUACUGUCAUUGGGGUAAUGAUUACCGGAAUGUAUUUACGAGGAAAUAAACUGAAACAAUAAGGAA